AGCAGCUGCGGCGGCGGGCUGCGACACCCUGGGCCCGCGGGCUCCUGGCCGCGGCCGCCGGGCUUGGGCUCCUUGACCAUGUUCUUAAGCACUUUGACUCCAAAAUUCUACUUUGCCCUGACAGUAACUUCAUCUUUUAUAUCUGGACUGAUAUUUGUGUUUGAGUGGUGGCACUUCCGAAAGUACGGCACAUCUUUCAUCGAGCAGGUUUCUGUGAGCCACCUGAGGCCCCUCAUCGGGGGUGCAGAGAGCAGCCCCCCAGCCCCAGCAGCCUUCUCGGCCGGGGAGAGCGAGAGCAGCAGGCAGAACAUGCCAGAGUGCAAAGUGUGGCGAAAUCCUCUCAAUCUUUUCAGAGGGGCAGAGUAUAGCAGGUACAUGUGGGUGACUGGGAAGGAGCCUCUUACUUACUAUGACAUGAAUUUGUCUGCUCAAGAUCAUCAGACUUUUUUCACAUGUGACACAGAUGCCCUCCGGCCUUCAGACACAGUUAUGCAGAAAGCGUGGCGAGAGAGGAACCCGCAGGCCCGCAUUAAAGCAGCGUAUCAAGCUCUGGAGUUGAACAAUGAUUGUGCUACUGCAUAUGUCCUCCUGGCUGAGGAAGAAGCAACAACUAUUGUGGAUGCUGAGAAAUAUUUCAAGCAGGCUCUGAAAGCAGGAGAAAUGAUUUACAAAAAAUCUCAGAACUGCCAUUCCCAGAGCCCCCAGCAUGAAGCACAGCUGAGAAGAGAUACCAAUGUAUUGGUGUAUGUGAAAAGGAGACUAGCUAUGUGUGCCAGGAAACUUGGCAGAAUACGAGAAGCAGUAAAAAUGAUGAGAGAUUUGAUGAAAGAGUUUCCACUUCUCAGUAUGCUGAAUAUCCAUGAAAACCUCCUCGAGGCCCUUCUGGAGUUACAGGCUUAUGCAGAUGUCCAGGCAGUUUUAGCCAAGUAUGAUGAUAUCAGUCUUCCCAAAUCAGCAGCAAUAUGUUACACAGCAGCUCUGCUAAAAGCCAGAGCUGUUUCAGAAAGGUUCUCCCCAGAAACUGCCUCCAGGAGAGGACUUAGUACAGCAGAAAUUAAUGCUGUGGAAGCAAUUCACAGAGCUGUGGAAUUUAACCCUCAUGUUCCAAAGUAUUUACUAGAAAUGAAGAGCCUGGUGCUGCCUCCAGAGCACAUUCUGAAGCGAGGGGACAGUGAGGCAGUAGCAUAUGCUUUUUUUCACCUCCAGCACUGGAAGAGGAUAGAAGGGGCUCUCAAUCUGCUGCACUGCACAUGGGAAGGCACAUUUAGGAUGAUUCCAUACCCAUUAGAGAAAGGACAUCUUUUCUAUCCCUACCCGAGCUGCACAGAAACAGCAGACAGAGAACUGUUGCCAACAUUUCACGAAGUCUCCGUUUACCCCCAGAAGGAACUUCCCUUUUUCAUCCAUUUCACAGCAGGCCUGUGUUCCUUUUCAGCCAUGCUGGCCCUCCUUACCCACCAAUUCCCUGAGCUGAUGGUCAUUUUUGCAAAAGCUGUGCUGCGGGUGCUGUGGCCAGCGAGCGCUCCCAGUGUUCUGGCCUCCAGCUGAAGGGACUGCGCCCAGGUGCUUUGGGACUCUUCUUCCACCCUUCAUCUUCACUCUGGAACACAUUGAGGACCUGCUGCUGUCCAGCCCCUGGCAUCAGCUGACUGGUGUGACUGGCGUGUAUUUUCCACGAUAGUUUGAUUUUAUUCUCAUGAGCCUCACUUGGUGGUUGGCUGAACCCCAGUUGUGGGAGCCAGGGAAGAAAUCUGGGCUCUUCAAACUGAUAUCCUUGACUGGCUUCCAUGCUCAUGGUGCUUAACAUGUGAAUUUCUCCUUUGGCCUUAAUCUGUAAUCAUCUAAGAAAAUAGUUCUUGUUGAGCAAUAGUUUAUUGCUCUCUAAAUCAGAUGGACAACUGGAAGCUCAUACUUCCUCUGUAAGAAAGGAGAAUACACAAACUGAGCAGGUGUUUGGAGUACUGAUGCUUCCUUCUCAGCUGCAGAUGCACCAGAUACUUGGCUUAGAUUUAAUUUCAUAAGCCUUUUUCAAAAUAUUUGUUAACAGCAAAGUAUGGUUCUGCUUUCUUUAUUAAAAGGUUGCUACUUAACACAUUGAAUUUGUUGACUUCUUAAGUGUCUGUUAAAUACAGAUUACAAUGUGCAAACAAAGAUUUGUUUCUUC